AUGAAAUCAAUUUGCUAUUUGGUAUUUCUGAUUGUUCCAACUUCCACUUUCCUUCUUGAAGGAUUGGGUCUAGGUUUGCCGCGUCAACAAUGUUGUUGUCCACCUUUACCACCACCACCUCCACCGUGUGGGGGAGGAGGCGGUGAAUAUGUGGGAAAUUAUGAGGGACCCCCACCACCACCACCAUAUGCAACUGGAUAUCCAGGUCCAUACAAACAUAGACAAAAGAGGUAUAGUAGUUUUUAAUUUUGAAAAUCAUUCCGUUUCGAAAUGAAUAACCUUUUCAGAUCUACCAAACCAGCGAACCUUGAAGCAUCUAGCGGCGAUCUUUUCUGUAAUAGUGUUCAAGUUCGAGAUAUUAUCAAACAAGGAAUGAAUAAUGAUGAGAAGACAUCAAGAGAAACCAUCACAACUUUGUUGAAAACUCAACUUGAGCGAGAAUAUGUUGUGAUUUGCUCGAAAAAUCAUUUCGAUUUUUUGGCUUCAACUGAUUCGGAAUUCUGCUCGGUUACAAAGGAAGGAUUGACUUGCUCUACAUUUGUUUUCUAA